GUCAUUAUUAAUCGCGUGGAUUUGAAGACGAUAAAAAAAGGCAUAACGAAGAAGAAGAAGAAGAAGAAGAAGAAGAAGAAUACAAGUUCAACCAUGGGUGAAGAAGUUGUUAAGGAUGGAAGAGAAGAAGUGAUCCAGGCAUGGUAUAUGGAUGAUAGCCAUGAGGAUCAGAGACUUCCUCACCACAAAGAUCCUAAGGAGUUUGUAUCUUUGGACAAACUUGCAGAGCUUGGAGUGCUUAGCUGGAGACUUGAUGCUGAUAACUAUGAAACCGAUGAAGAACUGAAAAAGAUCCGCCAAUCUCGCGGUUACUCUUACACGGACUUUUGUGAGGUAUGCCCGGAAAAGCUUCCAAACUAUGAAGGGAAAGUAAAGAGCUUUUUUGAAGAACAUUUGCACACUGAUGAAGAGAUCCGUUACUGCGUUGCAGGAAGUGGGUACUUUGAUGUGAGAGAUCACAAUGAGGCUUGGAUUAGAGUAUGGGUAAAGAAAGGUGGUAUGAUAGUUUUGCCUGCUGGAAUAUAUCAUCGCUUCACCACGGAUUCAGACAACUAUAUCAAGGCAAUGCGGCUUUUUGUGGGUGAACCGGUUUGGACACCAUACAAUCGCCCACACGACCAUCUCCCUGCAAGGAAAGAGUACAUCGAUAACUUCGUGAAGGCGAACGGAGGCGGUGCCAUUGACGCGUCAGCGUAGGCAUCAUAUUGAUUACAUCGAUAUAUGUCUCUCUCAUGUCUUACGCAUCAGAUUUUUAUAAACUAAGCGUACAAUAAAGAGAGACAUCUGUCUCAUGUUGGAUAUGUAUACAAUAAAGAGAGACAUAUGUCUCAAUGUUGGAUAUGUAUGUGUUUAGAUGUUGUCUCCUUGAAGACACUUUCUUUCGUGUGGCUUUGGUGUUGUUGUAAGGUUUCAUGGUUUGUUAACUUAUAACUUACUACCUUUAUGUCGUCUAUAUGUUCUGCAAUAAAUGGAUGAGAGUCGGCAGAUGUUCAUGUUGA